UUGCGACGUCACCGCCCGGGCCCCGCCCACUUCGAACGCUCGUACAAGAUGGUGGCAGCUUCGCGGCGGCAGGCCCCUGGAUGAGGCGCAGCCAGAACUCCUCCUGCGGCACACUCACGAAUGGCUUCUCCUCAUCCUCUCCAGACCCCGGCCCUUCAGGUGGGGGUGGGAGGGGAGACCUCCUGCCUCUCUCCCACAGCAUGACGACGAUGCUUGCCUCUCGCAGGAAAAGGCUCGGAGGCAGAGCCAUGGCCGAGGCUCGGGGCACCAUCAAGGUGGAUCUCCCCAAUCAACAGCGCACAGUGGUGACUAUCCGGCCGGGUACAACUGUCUACAGCUCCCUAGACAAGGCCCUGAAGGUCCGUGGGCUCAACCAGGACUGCUGUGUGGUCUACAGGAAAAAGAGCGAUGGGCGAAAGACCAUCACAGAUUGGGAGACGGACCUGGUCAACCUGGAGGGGGCUGAGCUCUCUGUGGAAGUCUUGGAGGACCUGCCGCUCACUAUGCACAACUUUGUGCGGAAGACCUACUUCAAUUUGGUCUUCUGUGAUUUCUGCCUUAAGUUCCUCUUCCAUGGCUUCCGCUGCCAGACUUGUGGCUACAAGUUCCACGAACACUGCAGCAGCCGAGUGCCUACGGUCUGCUUGGACCUGGCCACUACGCAUAAGCCUGUUUACAGCCAUGAACCAGGUCAGCAUCCUCCAUUCUGGCAGGACAGUGUCCCGACUACCCCAGUGCAGCCGAGUCAUGAACCAGUGACCCCUCAAGCUGUCGGCCCAAGAAAGCCGCCCCCCUUCAGCCCAGAUGCCUUCGGCUUCCUCAGCCUCCAUGGGGGUGGGCAGCAGCUCCAACGGCACCGCUCAACCUCCACCCCCAAUGUCCACAUGGUCAGUACCACCAGCCCCGUGGACAGUGACAUGCUUGAGCUCUUAAGCAGGAACCACAACACGGAGGGCCUCGGUGCGCUUGAGCUGCCUCCUUGCACCCCGCCGGCUGCCCCAGUUUCCAGCAUGGCUGCUGUUUCGCCUGGCCGACGCUCCCCCCACCCCAAGUCCCCCGGCGAGUCCCCCAGGGAGCGCAAGGCCCCUGUCGAAGACAAGAAGAAACCUAAAUCCCUGGGCUACCGGGACUCCAGCUAUUACUGGGAAGUCUGCCAUACCGAGGUGACUAUGCUGAAGCGCAUAGGCGCUGGAUCAUUUGGCACUGUCUUCCGGGGCCGCUGGUACGGGGACGUGGCGGUCAAAAUCCUGAAGGUCACCAACCCCACCAGCGAGCAGGUGCAGGCCUUCAAGAACGAGAUGCAGGUGCUCAGGAAGACGCGCCACGUGAACAUCCUGCUCUUCAUGGGCUUCAUGACCCGCCCCAGCUUUGCCAUCAUCACCCAGUGGUGCGAAGGCAGCAGCCUGUACCAGCACCUGCAUGUACAAGAAACCCCCCUGGAGAUGGUGCAGCGGAUUGACGUGGCCCGGCAGACGGCCCAGGGCAUGGCUUACCUGCAUGCUAAGAACAUAAUCCACCGGGACCUCAAAUCCAACAACAUCUUCCUGCACGAAGGCUUGACCGUGAAGAUCGGCGACUUUGGCCUUGCCACCGUGAAGACGCGCUGGAGCAGCUCACAGCAGGUGGAGCAGCCCAGUGGCUCCAUACUUUGGAUGGCCCCUGAGGUCAUCCGAAUGCAAGACCCCAACCCCUACAGCUUCCAGUCAGAUGUCUACUCCUAUGGAGUUGUUCUCUAUGAGCUGCUCUCCGGGACCCUCCCCUACAGCCACAUCAACAACCGGGACCAGAUUAUAUUCAUGGUUGGCCGGGGGUACCUGUCCCCUGACCUAAGCAAGGUGCCCAGCAAUUGCCCCAAAGCCAUGCGCAGGCUGAUGGGUGACUGCCUUAAAUUCAAGCGUGAAGAGAGACCCCUCUUUCCUCAGAUCUUGGCCUCCAUUGAGUCGCUCCAGCGUUCUCUGCCCAAGAUUGAACGCAGUGCCUCUGAGCCCACACUCCAUCGGGUGGGUCACAACGAAGACCUGACUCCCUUCGGUUUCCCAGCUGCCUUGCGGCUCCACAGCUAACGUGGCGUGACUGGAACUGCUACCAAAGACCACGUCCCCCUCGAGGCCAGGGUCUGCAACUCGCGGCCCUCCCUGGGGGGACAGAGGAGCCGGUCAGUCCCAGGAGGGCAGCCGCAUCCCUGGCAUCCAGGUGUAUCGCCCAGGUCUGUGUGCAGAGAGACUCUGGGGCUGAGGCUGGGGCAUGUCCACCUGGAUUUCACUCUCGCUCCAAAGCCUGCAGUCCUACUCGGGGGUCGCCAAAGCGGACAACACAUUGAAACAUCCCUGCUCUGCAAUGACUUUGGCUUCAUUGUCCCCAGGUGUAUUCUUUUGUGGGGCUUAUCCUGUUUCCAGGAUGUUGUAGGUGUCAUUUGUUUGUUUGCUCGGGAACUUCAGUCGGAGAGAAAAGUAUUGAGGGGUAUGUGAAAGAAGGACUGUGAAAGAGGAGCUGGAGAUGGGUGUAAUAAAAAAGGCUAAGCCCUGUCUGGAUGGUGUCCUCUUCCCUCUGUCCUCCUCCAGGCCUGCCAAACCACAACCUACCUAUCUGAGCUGCAUCACGGGAGGCUUGCUGCUCUACUGGCUUGUGGAGAGUCAGUUUCCUUUACACAAAAGGGGGCAUGUAUCUAGACCUCAAGGACUCCUGGAACUCGGAGGAAGGUGGGAUGGCAGCCCUUCUGACAGUUCAGGUGGACACACUCUUCCUCACAUCAUCCCUCUGCUUUCCAUUUGUCUCACCUGUGCGCACACCCCAUCUCCAGCAUGUACAUGCAGCAAAGGACAUGGGGUUGCGAUGGUUGUUGUGCAUGGCAAUCUACCCAUAAAGCUGCACAUGAGCUCCAUAAAUGCAGGGGUCACGUGGACACUGCCUUGUGUUUCCCAGGUAUGCGCAGGGCUAGAGCUCUGGUCCACUGCAGCUUUGGCAGCCAGGAGUGCCGUAUCUGCAGAGGAGCCCCUGAGAACAUCUCUCUCUGCCUUUGACUUGCAAACGAAUUGCCUGGGUACUGAAAGUCAUCAGAGGAAACUAUGUAGGGAGAGGGGGCAGAUUUUGGGAUAGCUCAGUUGGUGCAGCAUGAGACUGAAUCUCAAGGUUGAGGGUUUGAGUCCCGCCUUCUAACUCUAUGAUUCUAAAGUAGGGGGGGGGGCUAUCUUGGUCUUCCCAGGUGCUGUUGGGCUCCCAGUCAGUCCCAGCCAGUGUGGCCCCCGGUCACAAAUUCCAAAGGGCCACUGGUUGCCCCCCCCCCGGUGCCAAAGGGUGCCCAACUGCUUUUGUAAAGCAACCCCCAAGCAGUGGGGGAAUUGAAUGCCAUUGCUGUGCCCAUGGUGGUUUGCCUCUGUGUGCCCACAUUCGACAUGAAGCCUUUUCCUCCCAGGCUGUCCGUCUUUCCUCGGCAGGUGGCUGUGAGGUCAGCUUAAAGGUUGGGGAGCCGAAACACUGUAGGUAGAUACUGAUGCCCCAAAGGAACGGAGGGACCCCUCAAGCAGGGAAGAGGGUUGAUGUGACCUGGUGCUGUAUGGAGGGCGGGGGAAGAAGCACUUGGUGGUUGCUUUUAGGCAAAGUCUCAGCAUUUCGGGGAAGGGGCCCUGACUCAGGGGCAGAGCAUCUGCUUUGCAUAUCUAGGUCACAGGUUCAACCCCAGCAUUUCCAAAUAGGGCUGCCUGAAACCCUGGAGAGCUGCUGCCGGUCAGUGGGGGAAAUACGGAGAUAGCUGGACCAGUGGUCUGACUUGGGAGGCUCCCCUUUCUCAGCUUUGGGGCAGUCCCUUUCCCCUCUGGGCCAGCAAACCAGUUGCAGAGGAGAAGUCAGAUGGGUAGAUAGCAUCUGGGCUGUUGGGGUUAGGAGACUUUGAAGGUUAAGAAUGAUAAAUGGCACAAUAAGCCCUGGGUUUUAUUGUGGGGCCUCUUCCCGGAGCCAGGGACUAAAAUCAAUAGGAAAAGCCGCCCUAUUUCUCGUGUGGGUGAAACGGUACUUUUGCUUUAUAACCCCCAGCUACCUGAGCUCUAGAAUAUGCGCAUAUCUCAAAUUGUGAACAUCUCUCUCUGCCCCCGAUCUUCUCUUUAAUAGAUAGACGUUUAACUUAAUGCGUUUAAUGAAUGCUUAUGAUUCAGAUUUAAAAGAUUGUAAGUGAAGGUUUUAACAUGUUUGUAUUAAACUCAAGAUUUCAUUUUAA